AUGAAGGUCAAGAAGGAGGAAAGUGAUCCGGAGCCAAUAAAAGUGGUGAGAGUUAAGAGCCUGGACGAACAGGGCAACAAGACUGGGGAACUUGAUGUGGAAUUCAUAGAACCUGAAAAGUCAGAAAAAACAGAAGAAAUCCCUAGUGUGUCCUUCAUUAAGCUGUACCGGUUCUCGACUGCGUGGGAGAAGCUGCUGAUGUUUGUGGGGCUGGUGGGAGCCGUGGGCAGCGGCGUGUGCCAGCCGCUGAACGUACUCUUCUUCGGCGACCUGACCGGCAUCAUGGUGGAUUUCGGGUCGGAGCUGGGUCCAGCCAUCGUCGGCAACUUCUCCUACGCGGAACUCACCCAACGCUUCCUCGACGGAGUACACACCUUCGCCGUCAACAACAGCAUCAUCGGCGCAGCCACACUCCUCUGCACCUAUGUCGCUGUCGCGUGCUUCAACUACAUCGCUUACACACAGAUUCACCGGAUCCGAAACCUCUACCUGCUCUCGGCGCUACGUCAGGACAUCGGGUGGUACGACGUGCACCAGUCUGGGGAGUUCGCUAGCCGCAUGUCGGAGGAUAUGACGAAGCUGGAGGACGGCGUUGGGGAGAAGGUGCCCAUGUUCGUCCAGAUGGUGGUAACCUUUCUGGGCAGUGUGGGCCUGGCCCUCUACCGCGGCUGGGAACUCGCGCUUAUCUGCCUAAUCUCCCUACCUGUCAGCGUCAUCGCCAUUGGCAUCGUCGGUUUCGCAACAUCGCGCAUCGCCAAGAAAGAAAUGUCCAAGUACGCACAGGCUGGAGCUAUUGCGGAAGAGGUGCUUAGCUCCGUAAGGACCGUCAUUGCCUUUGGAGGCCGUGAGAAGGAGGUGGAAAGAUAUGAGAAAAAUCUUUUGUCUGCUAAAAAGCUCAACGUCAGAAGGAAUCUGCUGAAUGGGCUUGGAUUCGGUAUCUUGUGGUUUGUCAUCUAUGCCAGCUACGCACUCGCCUUCUGGUACGGUGUGGGGCUAAUAAUAGAAGACAUGUACAAAACAGACGAUAAGGUGUACGAUGCUGCCACCAUGAUCACGGUGUUCAUGGGCUGCAUGACAGGCUUCAUGUCGUUCGGGGUCGCGUCGCCAUUUAUCGAAGCAUUUUCGAUUGCGAGGGGUGCCGCCGCCAAGGUGUACUCCGUCAUCGACCGCGAAUCUCUCAUCGACAGCAUUUCCACUGAGGGAGAGCGCCCGGACAAAGUCGACGGCUCCAUACACUUCAACGACGUGCAUUUCGAGUAUCCUUCCCGCAAAGGCGUGAAGAUCCUGAAAGGUCUGAACCUGACCAUCAAAGGCGGUGAGACAGUCGCUCUGGUCGGGAGCUCAGGUUGUGGCAAAUCUACUUGUAUCCAACUAAUACAGAGGUUCUACGAUCCGAUAGACGGAGCGGUGGAGCUUGAUGGCCGCGACAUUCGGAAUCUGAACGUGGGCUGGCUGCGCUCGCAGAUCGGCGUGGUGGGCCAGGAGCCGGUGCUCUUCCAGACUACCGUUGCUGAGAACAUCCGCUACGGGCGGGACACCUGCACCAUGGAGGACAUCGUGGAGGCCGCCAAAAUGGCCAACGCGCACACUUUCAUCUCCAAGUUGCCGCAGGGCUACGACACGAUGGUAGGCGAGCGUGGGGCCCAGCUGUCGGGCGGCCAGAAGCAGCGCAUCGCCAUCGCCAGGGCGCUGGUGCGCCGCCCCAAGAUCCUGCUGCUGGACGAGGCCACCUCUGCUCUGGACACCGGCAGCGAGGCCAAGGUGCAGGCCGCGCUGGACAGGGCGAGUGUUGGCCAGACUACAAUCAUCGUAGCUCAUCGUCUGUCCACAAUCCGAAACGCGGACAAGAUAGUGGUGAUCCACGGUGGGCGCGUGGUGGAGGAGGGGUCUCACGACCAGCUGAUGGCGAAGCGCGGCAACUACUUCGACCUGGUCACCACACAGAUCUCAUCAUCUGAGCCACCGACGUCUCCAGGAGGUGAUAGUGUGAAAGGACGCAUGAAACCGGACCGAAUGCUGAGCGUUCGCAGCGAGGCAUCAACGGUCGCCGAUGAAGAGGACGAGGACCUGACUGAGGGACAGCGGCGACUGGCGGAGAGCUACCAGGAGGAGCCGGUCCAGGCCGCCACCAUCAUGAAGAUCCUGCGCGUCAACCGGCCAGAGUGGUGGCUGCUCAUCGUCGCGACAGUCGCGUCAGUGGUCAGCGGGUUCGCUAUGCCACUUUUCUCUGUGUUUUUCGGCAGUCUCAUUGGGACUCUUGGGCAAGACGACCCUGAACAGAUUCGCAGCGACACUAAUUUCUUCUCCGUGCUCUUCGUCAUCGUCGGCGUGAUAAUGGGACUAGUAACGUUCAUUCAGAUGUACAUGUACGGAAUCGCCGGAGAGAAGCUGACGAUGCGCUUUCGAGGUCUGAUGUUUUCGGCGAUGCUGCGUCAGGAGGUGGCGUACUUCGACGACAAAAACAACAGCACCGGAGCGCUCUGCGCCAGGCUUUCCGGAGACGCCGCCAAUAUACAAGGGGCGACUGGGCAGCGCAUCGGCACCAUCACGCAGUCAUUGGGCACGCUGGUGCUGUCCGUGGCGCUGUCGCUGUACUACGAAUGGCGGCUGGGCCUGCUCGUGCUGGCGUUCGUGCCGCCGCUCUUCGCCGUCUUCUUCAUCCAGGGGAAGCUACAGCGCGGCGAGUUCCUGGGCAACGCCUCGUCCGUGGAGAAGGCCACCAAGGUGGCUGUGGAGUCGGUGGGCAACAUCCGCACUGUGCUGGGGCUGUGCCGGGAGCGCCAGUUCCACGCGCAGUACCUGCAGGAGCUGCAGGCCGCGCUGCGCACCGCCAAGCGGAACGUGCACCUGCGCGCCAUCACCUACUCGCUGUCGCGCAGCAUCGGCUUCUUCGCCUACGCCGCCGCCAUGGCGUUCGGUGGACAGCUCGUCGCCAACGAGGGAAUGCCCUAUGACAACGUCUUCAAGGUGUCACAGACUCUAAUCAUGGGCACUGGUAUGGUGGCGAAUAUACUCUCAUUCGCUCCCAAUUUCCAGAAAGGAAUAGAGGCGGCCUCUAACGCGUUCCACCUGCUGGAAAGACAGCCUAGAAUCACAGAUUCACCAAACGCCACAGGCGAGAAGUGGGAUAGCCGCGGUGAGGUGCAGUACUCGAGUGUGGAGUUCGCAUACCCUACCCGUGUGGGGAGCCUGGUGCUGCGUGGUCUGGACUUGGAUGUGCGGCCAGGCCAGACAGUGGCACUGGUGGGGCCCUCUGGUUGCGGCAAGUCCACCUGUAUACAGCUGCUCGAGAGGUUCUACGACCCCACCGCUGGAGUUGUGCGUGUGGACGAGCGAGACGUAUCAAAGGUGAAGAUGGCGAACCUGCGAGAGCAGAUGGGCAUCGUGUCUCAGGAGCCGGUGCUGUUUGACCGGACCAUAGCGGAGAACAUCGCGUACGGCGACAACUCCAGGGAGGUUCCCAUGGCGGAGAUUAUCGCUGCAGCCAAGAAUUCCAACAUACACAACUUCGUUGCCUCCCUGCCGCAGGGCUACGACACGCGCAUGGGGGAGAAGGGUACGCAGCUUUCUGGAGGGCAGAAGCAGCGCGUGGCCAUUGCCCGGGCACUCGUCCGGAACCCCAAGAUACUGCUGCUCGACGAAGCUACAUCUGCACUCGACGUUGAGAGUGAGAAGGUGGUGCAAGAAGCGCUGGACAAGGCGAAGGAGGGACGCACAUGCAUCACCAUCGCUCACCGACUGACGACCAUCCAGGACGCCGACGUGAUUUGUGUCAUCAACGAAGGCCGCGUGGCCGAGCUCGGGAAACACGCAGAGCUGUUGGAGCGACGGGGCAUCUACCACAAGUUGCACAGCCUGCAGGCGGGCCGCCGGUAGCACAUUAGCUCCUUCCUCCCUCUGUCUUUGUCGUCUCUAAUAAUUUAUUUUUCUGCUUCUCUACUGAGAUCCCGUCUCCCAAGGACGGUAACUUGAAAAACUGGACCAUACUCCACUUGCUCGCAGAGAAAUGCAUUUCAUUCAUACAGAAUGAUUCUUUCCAAAUCGUCUGAUCUACACUGAUAGCUGGAAAGAAGUGUAAUGUUGGAUCUUCUACUACGUCGUUAUAUAUUGUGCAGUAUAAAGUGAGUGCUUUGGAGACUCAACACAUUUAACAUUUUUGUAUAUGCCGACAGAACCUGCUAUAAUUUUUAUUGUAGUGCAACUAGUUUCGACAACAUGUGUCGACAACAUCUGUCAGACUUUAGAUUCAUAAAAUAGUCUGUAUCACAUGUCCAUAAUUUCAUAAUAUAUUACAUGGCUACUCAGUACCGUGAAAGUAAGUGGGUCUGUAACUAGUUUCGACAAUACGUAAUCAUUUGUCACACCUCAAAAUCUUAAAAUAGUCUGUACCACGAGUCCAUAAUUUUAAAAUAAAUUACAUACGUACUCAG